CUUGGGAGAGGGUUGAUGACGUCAGCGUUCUGGCUCCAUGGCAGCUCGGCGGCGGCGGGGGACAGGCGGCGGCCGGGCGCGAGCUGAAAGAGUUAAUAAUGGCAAAACAGCUACAGAAAACCCUCCACCUGCGAAGAAAAUUCGAAAGUGCCAGAAGAUGAAAAAGGAGCCUGUGGCUGGAGGAAAGGCUGAUAAUGACAGGACGGAAGACAAGCAAGAGUCUGUGAAGACCUUGCUGUUAAAGGGCAAAGCUCCAGUGGACCCAGAGUGCACAGCCAAGGUGGGGAAGGCCCAUGUAUACUGUGAAGGAAAUGAUGUCUAUGAUGUCAUGCUAAAUCAGACCAAUCUCCAGUUCAACAACAACAAGUAUUAUCUGAUCCAGCUGUUAGAAGAUGAUGCCCAGAGGAACUUCAGUGUUUGGAUGAGAUGGGGCCGAGUUGGGAAAAUGGGGCAGCACAGCUUGGUGGCUUGUUCUGGGGACCUCAGCAAGGCCAAGGAAAUCUUUCAAAAGAAAUUCCUUGACAAAACAAAAAAUAAUUGGGAGGAUCGUGAGACGUUUGAGAAGGUGCCUGGAAAAUAUGAUAUGCUACAAAUGGACUAUACCACCAAUACUCAGAGUGAAGAGGAAACAAAUAAAGGUGAAUCUCUCAAAUCCCCCUUGAAACCAGAGUCGCAGCUAGAUCUUCGUGUACAGGAGCUGAUAAAGUUGAUCUGUAAUGUCCAGGCCAUGGAAGAGAUGAUGGUAGAAAUGAAAUAUGAUACCAAGAAAGCCCCACUUGGGAAGCUGACAGUGGCACAAAUCAAGGCAGGUUACCAGUCUCUUAAGAAGAUUGAGGAUUGUAUUCGGGCUGGCCAGCAUGGACGAGCUCUCGUGGAAGCAUGCAAUGAAUUCUACACCAGAAUCCCACAUGACUUUGGACUCCGUACCCCUCCAUUAAUCCAGACAGAGAAAGAACUGUCAGACAAAGUACAGCUACUAGAGGCUUUGGGAGACAUUGAAAUUGCCAUUAAACUGGUGAAGACAGAACUGCAAAGCCCAGAACACCCACUGGACCAACACUAUAGAAAACUACAUUGUGCUUUGCACCCUUUAGACCAUGAGAGUUAUGAGUUCAAAGUGAUUUCCCAGUACCUACAGUCUACGCAUGCUCCCACACACAGUGACUAUACCAUGACCUUGCUGGAUGUUUUUGAAGUAGAGAAGGAGGGUGAGAAAGAAGCCUUCAGAGAGGACCUUCAUAACAGGAUGCUGCUAUGGCAUGGUUCCAGGCUGAGUAACUGGGUGGGAAUCCUGAGCCACGGGCUUCGAAUCGCCCCACCUGAGGCUCCCAUCACAGGUUACAUGUUUGGAAAAGGAAUCUACUUUGCUGACAUGUCUUCCAAGAGUGCCAAUUACUGCUUUGCCACUCGCCUAAAGGAUACUGGACUGCUGCUCCUGUCAGAGUCUGUUCAUGAGAAGACAGCAGACAAAGCCAAACUGAGGGAUAUUCUACAAAACACCUGACCAGAAAUCUCCAAGAAUGUCAAGACUAUGGAAAGUCUGAGAAAGUGUCACAGUUGAAGGAUUAGACUAAGGAGCCAUGAUGCCUAAAUGCAUGUGGUAUUCUGGAUUGGACCCUGGAACAAAAUGAAGAUACUAGUGGGAAAACUGAGGAAAUCGAAUCACAUAUGUAGUUAAUAAUAUUGUACCAAUGUUAAUUUUUUGGUUAUGUAAGAUGUUAACACUAGAGGAAGCUGGGUGAAGAAGGGUAUGUGGGAAUAUUCUGUGUAAAUCUUAACUGAUCUUUUUUAAAAAAGGACUAAGAGCCAUUCUACUGGAAAAGCAUCAACACAGGUUCUUUGAGGGUAUAACUGUGUAUCUGGUUCCUAGUUCUUCCAGAUACAUGGUAGGAUGACACUUCCCUCCCCUUUGACAGUAGGCAGAGCCAUGUGACUUGCUUUGCUCACGUAUAUAAAAUAUGAGUGG